AUGGGCAGCGCUCCCGCCACGGUCCGCGAGAUGAGGCGUGCCCAGCGCGCCGAUGGGCCGGCUGCCGUGCUAGGCAUCGGCACGGCGAACCCGCCGACGUGCUUGGCCCAGGACGAGUACCCCGACUACUACUUCCGCGUCACAAACAGCGAGCACCUCACCGACCUCAAGGGCAAGCUCACCAGGAUAUGCAACAAGUCGGGCAUCAAGCAGCGCUUCGUCCACCUGGACGAGCAGCUCCUGGCCGCGAACCCGGACUUCACCGACCGCACGCUGCCGUCCCUGGACGCCCGCGUGGAGAUCGCCUCGGCCGCCGUCCCGAAGCUGGCCGCGUCCGCGGCGGCCAAGGCCAUCGCCGAGUGGGGCCGCCCAGCCACCCAUAUCACCCACCUCAUCUUCAGCACCUACUCCGGCGCGCGCGCCCCGAGCGCCGACCGCCGCCUCGCGUCUUUGCUGGGCCUCAGCCCCACAGUCUCCCGCACCAUACUCAACCUCCACGGCUGCUACGGCGGGGGCAGGUCGCUCCAGCUCGCCAAGGAGCUCGCGGAGAACAACCGCGGCGCGCGCGUCCUCGUGGCGUGCUCCGAGAUCACGCUCAUCGCCUUCUACGGGCCGGAAGGCGGCUGCCCCGACAACAUCCUUGGCCAGGCUCUGUUCGGCGACGGCGCCGGUGCCGUCAUCGUCGGCGCCGACCCCGUCAGCCCCGUGGAGCGCCCGCUGUUCGAGAUGGCCUUCGCCUUGCAGACCACCAUACCGGAAACCGAGGACGCCAUCUCCAUGCAAAUCAACAAGGGAGGCAUGGAAUACCACAUCUCCAACCUGGUUCCCCGGUUGCUGGGAUGCAACGUUGAACGCUGCCUGGUGGACGCGUUUGGCGCGCUUGGCAUCCAUAAUGCCGAUUGGAACGACCUCUUCUGGGCGAUCCAUCCUGGUGGCCGUGCCAUCCUAGACCACAUCGAGGGAGUGCUCGGCCUGGACGACGCGAAGCUUGCGGCCAGUCGCCACGUUCUCAGCGAGUUCGGCAACAUGAGCGGCACAACGGUGAUCUUCGUGCUCGAUGAGCUGCGCCGCCGUCGGGGUCGGGCGGCCAACCUGGAGGAAGGCCAAGCGCCGGAGUGGGGAGUCAUGAUGGCAUUCGGACCGGGAAUCACAAUCGAGACCAUGGUGCUGCAUGCCCCCGCCACUCUGGAGGGAAUUUAG